AUGCUCGCUGGUAGCUUGCUAGCGAUGAAUUACUAUAACGCAGAUCUAUAUUACGGAGGCCGCGAUGAUGGGUCUUACUACGAUCAACAGCAGGGACAAGGUCGCGUGGACAGGGACACUUCGCUCGCGGAGUCCGAGGCUGGAUCUAGUGUGGCCACUUACGCUGGCGGAUUGAAAGAUGACUCUGAUGUUGCGGAUGAUCCGCAUCUUGCACUGACCUCACAAACACUGAAUGCCGACGGUACGCCCAAGCGUCCCAUGAACGCCUUCAUGAUAUUCGCCCGCAAGAGGAGGCCAGAAAUCUCCGCAGCGAAUCAGAUGAUGCGAACAGGUGACGUGAGCAAGAUCUUGAGCCGAGAGUGGAAUACAAUGGAGAUGCCGGAAAAGAAGUUCUAUCUCGACCAGGCGAAGAAGCUGAAGGACCACUUCAACUCCAGAUACCCCGACUAUGUCUAUCGUCGAAGGCCCAACAACUCUCGGAAGAAGCGAAAGCCAGACGUCGGUCACGAGGCGUCCGCAGAAGGGUCACCGAGCAUGGAGAGAGAAGACAUGGGCGUGGAUGACGCUGCCCACGAGCUUGACGAGGUCGUCGACGAAGCCGCAUUACACAAUUAUCAGUAUCACUUCGCGCAGACGUCGGCUGCAGCAUCGCAGAUGACCUACGGACACACCGCGCAGGGGCAUUCGCUCUCCGCCUACAACACGCCCUCGUCGCCGUUCUCUUCCAACCGCUACGACGAAAAGCCCUCUUCGAUGUCGCAGUCCCGGUACUCCUCGUCCACUUCCCCUCCUGUCACUGGCGGGAUGAUGGCAUCGCCUCAUGCAGGCGACCUGAACGCAGCGAACACAUGGCCGUUUCAGCGAGAUGGCACCAGAGCAAACCGAGUCCCCUUAUUGCCGGCGUUGGACACCGGUCUCGCUCGCCAGAGGACCAGCGAGUCAGACUUGGCGGCCAGCAUGCGGGCGGAGGCUACGUCUCCUCAAACCAGCGUUCGAACAUGGGCGAGCGGUCCGUAUUCCACUUCGUCAGGGAGCUCCAGUGCGUCCAUGACGCACCAGUCAAACUCAGCAUUCCCCACCCUUACUUCCCCGUUCAUCCCUGCGCAAUCACCUUCACCGAGACAAGCCGAUCCGCUCUCCUCUCCGAUGCCACACUACAGCGCUACUCAGGACUACUCUUCGGGGCAGUCGACUUAUGCGCCCCGAGGAGCGCCCUCCCUAGGCAGAUCCGACGGCGCAUUUGAACACCGCGGCUUCACCCAGACUAACGUACUCCCUCCCCCUGUUGCUAACACCUACCUGCCUGCCAUGGACCAGCUGGGGUCCCAGUGGCCGUCCCAGUAUCGGUCGUUCCCCACUUCGCACACGAACCAUUCACCCUCGGCGUUGUCUAUGCCUGCUCUGCCGCUGCAGAGUUCGUCCCCGACGGCGCCUUCCCCUUCGAACACCAGCGCAAUGUCCAGCUCUCUUCCUCACAUGGGCUACAUCGACCGGAAUAGAUUCGAGGGGCGUUAG